UUGUCGUUGUCCGAGCUCAUUUUGUUUAAAGCAGCACGUUAACGUUUCCAAAGUGCAUUUCCUUUAAUUUCUGAAAUGCAACAGUAAUUCAACGCGCAUUGUGCUCUAUACGAAAAUUCAAAAAUAAAAAGAAUAUGUUUUGUGCUCAUAAACUAAGCAAUUAAAACUAAGCCUUUAAAUGCCAAUUAGCUGCGAAUUGUUUCGUUAUUACACCUAUUGUCUAAAAGUGUCCACGCCCACAGUGUAGUGCAAACCAAACCCAAAAAGCAAAGAAAGCAAAAUUGUAUUGCCAAUUAAAUUUAAAGUAUAUACAGUUAUAAUGGAUAGCGAUAUGCCCUGGGCCUGCGCCAGUGCCACCUGUCUGUCCUUGGCUCAUGCCAAAGCACAUGCAGUCGCUAUGGAUGUGAAUGAUGCCACAAUGCCAGCCAAAAAGUUGCAACAAAUUGCGCAUACGCAGCGUGGCAGCGACAGCGGCAGCCUCAAGACACUGCUGCUGUUGCUGCUGCUGGCGCUCAGCUUUCGGCAUGCGCACAGCUGCGGUCCAGGACGAGGCCUGGGACGGCGCCGCGAACGCAAUCUGUAUCCGCUGGUGCUGAAGCAAACGGUGCCAAAUCUGCCCGAAUACCAGAGCGGCGCCUCCGGACCGCUCGAGGGCGUCAUCGAUCGUGAUUCACCCAAAUUUAAGGAUCUAGUACCAAACUACAAUAGAGAUAUACAAUUCAGAGACGAGGAGGGCACCGGCGCCGAUCGAGUCAUGUCCAAGCGCUGCAAAGAGAAACUCAACAUGCUCGCCUACUCGGUUAUGAACGAAUGGCCUGGCGUGCGCCUGCUGGUUACCGAAAGCUGGGACGAGGAUCAUCAGCAUGGCCAGGAGUCGCUGCAUUACGAGGGCCGUGCCGUCACCAUUGCCACCUCCGAUCGCGAUCAGGCCAAGUACGGCAUGCUGGCGCGUCUAGCCGUCGAGGCUGGCUUCGAUUGGGUAUCCUACGUCAGUCGUCGGCACAUCUAUUGCUCCGUCAAGUCAGAUUCCUCGCCUGCCAUUUCGCAUGUUCAUGGCUGUUUCACACCAAAGAGCACGGCUCGCUUGGAGAGUGGCAUUGACAAGCCGCUGGAUGAGCUCGUCAUUGGGGAUCGUGUGCUCAGCAUGGACUCCAAGGGCCAGGCAGUCUACAGCGAUAUCAUACUCUUCAUGGACCGCAAUCUGCAGCAGGAGGAGACUUUUGUGCAGCUGCACACCGCUGGCGGAGCCGUGCUAACAGUUACGCCUGCACAUCUAAUCACAGUUUGGCACCCGGAGCAGCAAACGCUGGAUUUUGUGUUUGCCGAUCGCGUGGAGCUUCAAACCUUUGUGCUGGUCUACGAUGCGCGGGGUGAGCUGCGUCCACAGCGCGUGUUGCGCGUAAGCAGCGAGCGCAGUCGCGGCGUUGUGGCGCCACUUACACGCGAGGGCACCAUUGUGGUGAACUCUGUGGCCGCCUCGUGUUAUGCACUGGUCAACAGCCAAUCGUUGGCGCAUUGGGGCUUCAUACCCAUGCGCCUGUGGUAUACGCUGCAGUCCUGGAUGCCGGCCAAGCAUCAGUUGCGCACACCGACGGCGUCCACGUCGACGCCUGUGGGCAAAGCCACAAAUACAAGCACAGCUCAGCUGCAGAAUGGUUUGCAUUGGUAUGCUGAUGCUCUAUACACAAUUAAGGACUAUGUGCUGCCGCGGAGCUGGCAACACGACUAAAGUUAGAGGUCCGGACUGGACGCGAUCCCGCGAUAAAUGCUAAUUGUAAUAUAUAUUUGUAGUUAUGUAUAUGCCUAAAAUUUCUUGUAUUUCAAUGUUAAUUAUGAUUAAUGCUGAACUAUACUAUUUAUUUAAUGCGAACGAGAGAGCGACACAUGCAAAGCUGUUGAGACAACCUUUGAUUUAUUGUGAGCAAACAAUUUAGCUAUUAAGUAGGCAAUCACAGGCAGAUAUUCAAAGUGCCCAUGAACCAAUUUUUGAAAGCGAAAUACACGGCGACUGUUGUCUAUUUUCAAACUCAAAUCAAUACAUAUAUUUAUUAA